ACCACUUCGAUGCCUACAAUUGAGAUAUUGAGACUUGCUGUACUGAUAAAUCGGAGGGAAACGGCAGCUGUUCUAUGGUACCACUGCGAUAAUCCAAUAAUGACCGCCCUGAUUUCAAGCAUUUAUCUUACUUCGUUGGCAAAUACUGCAGAACAAACAUUUGACGAAAAAGAUCAAGAGGAAUUGCAGAAUCAUGCAGAUUUGUUUUUAUCACGUGCCAUACAACUUUUAGAAAAAAUGUUUUCUGAUAAUGAACGUCUGGCAAAAGAUGCUUUGGAUUACGUCUCUGAAAUAUGGGAACAUUAUGAAAGUCCUUUACAUUUUGGGCACCAAUUUAAUAUCGAGGAGUUCAUAUCUCACCCGUCCAAUCAGAAGGAUGCAAGUAAACGAUUGUUUUCGUAUAAUUUAACUGAAGAUAAAAACAUCCAGUCAGGUAGUAACCAAGAUAACAGGACUUCAAAUGCCAAUGAAUUACAAAUCCAGGAAUCUACUACGGUGAGCGGUUGCUUUUUAUGUAUAGGUGUUUGUAAACUAUUUGAUAACAGAAAGAUCAGCUGUUAA